AUGUGUUUGUCCGGUCCAUAUAAGGAAGUAUUCAUAACCCACGUUUCCCAGAUUAAAUGACUAAACGUACAGUUUGAGAAGUGACAGCAUCGAUCAGGGUAGAUCUAUAUAUUUAGGAGCUGGAUAUUUAUAGCAGAUUCACAGUAACAUCGAAAGACUCAAGUACUGAAUAAUACAACAGGAUGCAGGACCCAAAUGCAGAUACAGAAUGGAAUGAUAUAUUGCGAGCAAAAGGAAUAAUUCCUGAGAAGGAACAGGAAGUAACAGAAGACGAUGUCGUCCAUAUGUUGGAACAGACUAUCCAGGAUAAAGCUAGAGGAAAGGAUUUAUGUGAUAUGUCACUGCAAGAACUUGAAGAUAAAGAAGAUGACAUUGAUGAAGAAGAAGAAAGAAUAUUUGAAGCAUACAGGAGACAAAGAAUGGCAGAAAUGAAAGCAGCAGCAGCCAAGGCCAAGUUUGGAAGUGUGCUAGAGAUCACAAAGGAGGACUGGGUCAGGGAAAUCAACAAGGCUGGGGAUGGAAUCUGGGUCGUCCUGCAUGUCUACAAACCAGGAAUUCCUUUGUGUACAUUGAUAAAUCAACAUAUGCUCGAAUUAGCUAGAAAGUUCCCUGAUGUGAAAUUUGUGAAAAGUGUGUCGAGUGUGUGCAUUCCUAAUUAUCCGGACAAAAACUUACCUACAAUUUUUGUGUACCAUGAAAAUGAAAUGAAGAAACAAUGGGUGGGACCACAUAAUUUUGGAGGAAUGAACUUUAAAAGAGACGAAUUUGAAUGGAUGCUAUCACAAAAUGGAGUAUUAAAAACAGACCUGGAAGGACCCCCAAAACAGGCGGUGGAUGAUGUGAUGAGUCGAGCGGUGAGGGAGAGUGCAAUAGACAGUGACGAUGAGAAUGAUUGGUAGGACAUACGCAGCAUAGGUUUUUAAAUAAAUUUUAUAUUAAUCACAAUG